AUGUCUUUUAUUGGCACGUCUGCUUCCCAUCUAUGCUCAGCAAUUCCAAGGCUGUCGCGCUCUCUGGCCAGCGCUGCGGCCACUAGGCCUAUUCCGCCGGUAGGGGGUAGUACCAUGCUUCCGCCAGCAUUGCUUCGCCAACGACUCACCAUACCAUCCGCGUCAGGUUCUAUUGCCACCCCCAGCGACUUCCUAACAGCUAUUGGCCGUGCUUCCGAAACUAAGCUUUCGGUGGAGAGCUGGGAUCAGCUAUGGAGAAUGACUGGUCCGGACAUGCGUAAAGCUGGUAUUGCCGUUCGGGAUCGAAGGUUCGUCGUUCUCCUUGUAUGUAUAGUUUCUUCCGCCGCGUUUCUGAACCCCUUUGCUUUUACUAGGUACAUUUUAUGGUGCAUGGAGAAAUUUAGGACUGGUAUUCCCAUCGAAGAGUUCGCGCAUGAGCCUCAACCAAAGAAAACAAUUAGAGGAUGGGGACCAUGUGUGCAGAACGGGAAACGGAUACGGUCGCGCCGGCUGAAAAACAAGUAG